UGUCUGAGUCCUUGAGAGUCACCCCGCUUUUGACCUUGCAUCAGAUGAGCGCUGCCCAGAGGGUUCACUGUGGAUUAUCGAACGUUGGGUUGGCAUCUGUAAUGAUGUUAAAGAGUUUUCAUUUGAAGGGCAUCACGUAAUGCCCCCCUGCCGCGAGCACCGGCGUUUCCCCAACUUGCUUGGCAGGAGCCUUGUUGCCAGGGGUGACAGCCCCCGAGGGUGGGCUUUGGCAACGAGUGAGAAGUGCCGUUGUUUCUAGAGAAUGUGACACCCACCCCCACCACUUUGUUCUCCACCUCCUGUUCCUUCGUCGGAACUCUCUACGUCGUUCUUUUCUUCACUUUUUUUUUUUACAUUUUACUUGAAUGAUUUACCAAGGAAAGUCCAGAUCGAAUCACGAAAUUCCAUCCGUUUUCCAAUUCAACUUUCCCGAUGUUUUCAAACCUGUCGCAUUAAUUUGUUAAUUACCAUGGCGCAAUUUAUGAAAUCUCUGUGGAAGCUGAAAAGUACGUUUGUGCUAUUUUUCACCCCGCUGAUACUUUUGCCUCUGCCUCUCCUCAUUAAAACUAAGGAAGCAAGUUGCUCUUAUGUGAUCAUCCUAAUGGCCGUGUACUGGUGCACUGAAGCCAUGCCACUGGCAGUCACGGCCCUCCUGCCCGCCCUGUUAUUUCCUCUUUUUGGAAUCCUGCAGUCUAAAGAGGUGUGCGUCCAGUACCUGAAGGAUACUAACAUGCUGUUUCUUGGUGGGCUGAUGGUAGCUGUCGCAGUUGAGCACUGGAACUUACACAAGCGUAUUGCACUGAGAGUGUUGCUCACCGUGGGAGUCCGGCCUGCACUUCUAAUGCUGGGAUUCAUGGGUGUCACAGCUUUCCUCUCCAUGUGGAUCAGCAACACAGCCACCACUGCCAUGAUGGUCCCCAUUGUGCAGGCAGUGUUGGAACAGCUGAACAGCACUGAGGUCGAAAGUCCCUGCAUUCAUGAUGGAGAGUAUGAGAAUGAGGAAAAGAGCAAUGGAACACUUAAAGAUGUCACUGUAAUACCGAAAGACAUGGUCAUGACAGAAUCUGGCCAAAGUGACCCAGCUGCAGAAAGAAGGAAAAUGUGCAAGGGAAUGACUCUUUGUGUGUGCUAUGCUGCCAGCAUUGGAGGAACCGCUACGCUGACUGGUACUGGGCCUAACCUAGUUCUUCAGGGACAGAUGAACCAAUUGUUUCCUGAAAAUGGCGAUGUCAUUAAUUUUGCUUCAUGGUUUGGCUUUGCCUUCCCAAACAUGGUUCUCAUGUUGACCAUAGCCUGGUUGUGGUUACAGUUUGUCUUCAUGGGGUUCAACUUCAGGAAGACUUGGGGAUGUGGAAUGGUGAAGUCGGAAAAGGAGAUUGCCGCUUUCAAUGUGAUUAAGGAGGAGCACCGUCGCUUAGGGCCCAUGUGCUUUGGUGAAAUCAAUGUCCUAGCUCUGUUCACCUUGCUCGUUAUCCUGUGGUUCACCAGAGACCCUGGCUUUGUUCCUGGAUGGGCCACUUUUGUUUUCAAUUCCGAAGCCGAGUUUGUCACAGAUGCAACUGUCGCUGUCUUCAUUGCUAUACUGCUUUUUGUCAUCCCUUCCAAAAGACCCAGACUUUUCUUCUGGAGACAAGACAGUGGUGAUUUAGAGCCUCCCAGUAGCAGUUCCACAACAACACUGCUCAGCUGGAGAGUCAUCCAGAAGAAGAUGCCAUGGAAUAUUGUCUUACUGUUGGGAGGCGGCUUUGCACUGGCUAAAGGAAGUGAGGCAUCAGGCCUGUCUAAAUGGCUUGGCAACCAGAUGACUCCUCUUCAUGCCAUUCCGCCAUGGGCAAUAUCGAUAACCCUGUGCCUGUUGAUAGCCACCUUCACAGAGUGCACCAGCAAUGUUGCUACUGCCACACUCUUCCUGCCCAUCCUCGCCUCUAUGUCCAAGUCAAUUGGUAUAAAUCCUCUGUAUGUGAUGGUGCCAUGCACACUGAGCACCUCAUUCGCAUUCAUGCUGCCUGUCGCGACGCCUCCCAAUGCCAUUGUGUUCUCCUAUGGAUAUCUUCAGGUUGCUGAUAUGGCAAAAACUGGAAUCGUCAUGAACAUCAUUGGAAUUGCCUGCGUCACUUUAGCCAUCAACAGCUGGGGACGUCCAAUGUUUGAUCUAGACUCAGUGCCAUCAUGGGUCAACGCCACAGGUGUCUGAUUCUUUGGGCCAAAAGUAAGGAAGCCGGGAGCCAUCUCUGUUAAAAGUUUCUGAACAAGUUGAUGGAUGGGGUGUCCUUCAUUGCCUCCUGUGUGUCUUGAACUUGGUGAAGUGGAGUAUCCUGGAGACUUGACUCUUUGCACAAUAAUGCCAAAGAAAUCGUGUGAGUGUGUGUGUGUGUGUGUGUGUGCCUGAAUGUGUGUUAAGUUUAUAAGUAUGGGGAGGGGGGCAAGAAGAAACAGACGGAACUUUAUUAGUAGGUCAGAAAUUGUACUGUAGGUUUGGGUUGUUAUAUUUUUUUAGCCCUUUUCCUAUGAUUUAAUCAAUGCACAGGCAAAUUAUUGCAAGAGAAGUUGCAAGAGAAGAUUAGUCAUAGCAAUAAUGUAGCAAAUCUCGUGGGUAGAAGAAGACUGUGUUCCAGGCUGGAAGUUCCAUCACUCAUAUCAGGAUACAUAUAAAUAUGUGUUGUUUUAUUUUGACUUCUGUAAACGGUACAAUUCCAUAGGGUCUUUUGAUUUGCAAUUUCAUAGCUCAGGAAUGACAACUAGUUUGAGGAGAAAUAUUUUAUAAAUAUAUUGAAUCUUUAUCUGUCUGUUAUGGACUGGACAGCUUCAUCUUUGAUCCUAUGUAACAUUUCACUGUCACAGAUACUUUUUAAAUUUGUUGGCCAUUGUGAUUCAGUGCAUCUUACAAGAGGAUAAGCUUGUUGCCUUAAUUGUCCAUUGUCCACAAAAUUCUUUCUUUGCUUUGGGGCACCUGUACCUUCUUUUGAUAUUUGUAUACAGGAUCACGGAGACCAAAUGAGCAUCAAUGGUGGUCUGCUGUCAAAGCACAUGAGCCACAAUUGGGCUAUCAUGCAAGGUUUUUGUGAAGUAUGAGGCAUUAAAUGGUGCAGAUGAAACACAAAUGUCAUAACUAAUGUGGCUAUUAGUCUCCUUCUGCUCCAAAGUUGGUUGCAAAGGGCUCAGGUUAUUUUUUAAAGUCAAUUGCUCUUUAUUAUAAUUAGUGCCUUUUAUGGUGAACACCAUCUUAAAGCACUUUACAUGAAAAAUAGUACAAAACUGACACAUUCAUAUUACUGUAACUGAAGAGCAGGCCGGGCUAAUGACUUGCUCAGGGUCUCACAGUGAGGCAGAAGUGGGAUCUGAACAUGUGACCCUGUGGAGCUGAGGUACUGCAGAGUGUGACUUUGGACAUUUGAAAAUAAAUUCUAUGUCUUCCAUGUCCCAAAAAAUCUAUCUCUGUGUAAAAGCUUCAUGUAUGGGGCUUGAUCACAGCAUCUUUAAUCACCUUCAUCUCCAUAAAGGUAGUCAUCAGUGCAUAGACUUCAUGCAAGUGAAAGUAAAUACUUCUCAUUACACCCUUUUAUUACACUUUUUAAAACACUAUAAUAAGGAUAACCACAAAUAGUCCAUGAGCCAAAUAUGCUUUCUGCAUUUCUAUAUGAUAGACAGUAUAUCUGGGUCCAAAAUGUGGCCCACAUCGUAACUGACUUGUUUCCCCAGGUAGUACCAAGUAGUUACCCUUUUUAAUCUUAUGGUGGUGCACAUUAAUGCACUAAAAAGAAAAUGCAGUAUUUUACACAGGAGAAUUACUUCUCUUCAUGCCUUAAGUAUUAAUGGAUGUCCUUAGCAGGAGAAUCAUUUUGCUUCUUAUCUAAGGAUAGCAGCAUGAGGUUAUUCUGGUCAAGUCCGAUGCAGAGCAGCACAUGUCACAAUAACUUACUUCGAAUGCCACCUGUACAUAAGGUGGGAUCAUUUGUUAGCAUUUUUGACUUAAAGAUGGAGCACCAGCUACUGGUGGGUCGGGUGAAUAAAGCAAAAAUAUGGAUGGUGAUGAGUGGUUAAGACUGAAGAGCUGUAGUCACAUCCAGCAAUUAAAAUCCAUAGCACAGAAGUCUCCAUCCAUUUCUGUGGCCACCAUGUCCUUCUCUGUUUAGAUUGAACUCUUCUGGAAGGUUACAACAUGAAUGGUUUUAGGUUUAUGAAGGAAUAAAAGUGCACCUUUAUGUCAUGUUAGUCAGGGCCAGUUACAAUGUCCACCCUCAAAGUAAUUAGUGCUUAGAUUGUUCCAGAUAUUUUUUAUAAGCCAUCAGAGUCCCCGUUACAGCUAUGUGACUCAAACGAUUGUUUUAAAGACCAGAAAUCUUUGUAUGGAGAAGUUCUUCUUGAUAGCCAUUUUGAAUCAUCUGUGUCGUUGAGGAUGUCAGUCAGUCAUUCAUUUGCUAACCUGCUUAGUCCUGAAUAGGGUCGUGGGGGUCUGAUGGAGCCUAUCCCAGGUAAUAGGGUGCAAGGCAAGAACAUACCCUCGACAGGGUGCCAGUCCAUCGCAGGGCGAACACACACGGACCAAUUUAGGAUCACCAAUUUCCAUGCAUGUCUUUGGGACUAUUGGAGGAAACCGGAGCACCCAAAGGAAACUCAUGCAGCCUUGGGGAGAGAUGCAAACCAUGGUCUCCUUUACUGUUGGGCAGCAGCACUACCACUGCACCACCGUGCCGCCCUCCUUGAGAAUGUGAUUCACAAUUUAACUGACUGGCCAGCACCACCUUCCAGCCUAUGAAGAGCCCUUUGCUGUGGUUAGUUUUACUGGACCUUUUCAAAUUGCCGUCGAUCAAAUUCACACAAAUUAAUUCAUCUGAAGCUCAGCUGAGCAUAAAGCUUAUCAGAUGGGUCCUUGUGUGCACAGGAUGGGGUAUGCCAGUAAAUUUAAUUAAACUAGGCCCAGUGAGAGGAGGUCAAAAACAUGAAUUAAACUGAGUCAUGUGGACAUUUCCUAAAAAACUGGAGCUCUUUAACAUAUUAAAAUAAAAUCACUCGCUUCACCUACAUACUACAUUAAUGUACUGCAAAUUCAAAUUGCAAGGACUCAUCAAUGCGUAUGCAUGAUAUGAAAACAAACUGACACACUCAUCUAACUGCUACUUAGGGAAUUCCUUACAUCAAUUUUUAACCUUUUUAGUUUUCUUUUAAUUUCUGAAACCAGAUAAGCUCAAAGAUCAACUGUAGGCAGUGGAGUUGUCUUAGGGCAACAUGGUCAAUGAAUUUCUAAACAAAGAGGGCAGUUGAAGUUUGUUAGACAGGAGUGCUAAAUUGGAGCUGCUGAAGCUCAACGUGUUAAGUGCAGAGAAUGUUGAGUUGUAAGACUCUUAACUGACAAGAGUGUAGUAGCCAUUCAUCACAUUAUGUAAUUAGCUGUGGCAAGUCAGCAGGGCUUCAUACACACAACAGUACUGUAUGACUACUUUUCUAAAAUAGUCACCAUGAAUGAAUUUGACUGUAAAUUAGAAAAUGUCAGUGCAACCUCUAUCCUUGGGUCACCUGCUUGUCUCACUUGUGCAAUACUGUAUUAUAAAACAAGAACUAGAAUAGAGUGCCUAUAUGAAUAGGUGUGCCUUCAAAUUAUAAUAAUAAU